AUGGCGCAACACACUCCAUCAGAACAGCGGCGGAUGCCCCGAAAAUUCUGUGGAGCCUCAAUAUGCCCAAGGUGGAUAUUCAGGACUGGUACACAGAGGUUUCCAUGCCUACGGCUAAGGUGCUACCUCGGUGGACCAGGUGGAAACCUGCAGUAG